AUGCCCAUGGUAUGCAUUAAACAAGAUCGAAUAUAUGAAAAUAUUCAAUAUUUCUUCUGGUUUCCUUCAGCAUGCGAUCUUUACGGGUUCAGCGGUGGUCUGUUCGGUUUUGCCUCAUUGACCACAAUGGUUAUGAUUUCCCUGGAACGCUAUUUUACAAUAGUUUGGUACGUAGAACCUCGAAUGCAGCUUAAUCAUCGAAGAGCAUGGGUCACAAUUGCAUUCAUAUGGAUUUGGGCCGCAAUUUGGCCAUCCCCGCCUUUGUUCGGUAUUGGUCGCUACGUUCUUGAAGGAUUUCACACUUCAUGUAGUUUUGACUACAUCUCGAGAGACUGGCCUAAUCUCAUUUUUAAUACCGGUCUGUACAUAUUUGGAUUUGCGUUACCCGUGAUGGUGAUUACUCUUUGUUACUUCGAAAUUGUUCGUUUUGUGAGAAGAAACGAGCGGGAACUAGUCAAACUGCAAGAGCGCUCGAACGACAAAUCGACCAGUAGUCGAACUCCAGGCUACCGCAAAGUGGACGUGGAUGCUGCAAAGUCAGCCGUCCUUAUAAUUGCGCUGUUUCUGAUGGCAUGGCUUCCAUACGCCACAGUGUGUGCUGCCGCCCUGUUCGGAUGUCAUGAGAACCUCAAUCCAUUUUGGACAGAGCUGCCAGGGCUAUUUGCCAAAACAUCUGCUAUUUACAAUCCCUUUAUCUACAUGAUCAAAAAUCCAAAUUUUCGGCGAAAACUGUGGCAAAAGUUUGGAUUUUUCCACUGGUGCUUGCCUAGACGACGUGUAAGUUUGAACUACAUGUCUCUUGAAGAACAGAAGUGA